UAUGUAACUUUUCCCAAGAAAUUAAGUUACCUUUUGUUGUUUAUUAUAUCUAUUAGCUAUCCCUAUGCCACAUUACAAUGAUAUUGCUACCACAACAAUGUGUUUCUAUAUUAAGAACUGUAGUAUCUAAUAAAAUCCGUCUACGGUCAACUUCCGUAUUGUACAUCUGUGGGAUGGGAUCUAUCUCACUAGAUGUGGAUAUGUGUGCCAUCCCGUCUGCGUUUUGGGUUAUUACUUGUGUAAUCGUAUAUGCCCGAUGUAUGUAGUAUAUAGUAUCUCUUUGCCUGUCGCCCUGCUCUCUGCACUGCGGCUAACCACGUUUUGUAAUAAGCGUAAUUCUAUAUAGUCACGUCGCAGCAGUCGGUCGACAAUCAGCCAAGACAAGGCAGCGUUCAACCCGCCAGCGCCAGAUUGAUGUUUCGCCCACUUAAUGCCGAGCGGAGCGACUCUUUUGGGACAAGUUGAUGCGUGCGGCAAAUCCUCAGCUUAAAGGAAGCCCCUCAAGCUCAGCAGAAAAGGAGGAGUGGGUGGUGGGUGAUGGAGCAUGUACUGUACCCGAUUUGUUCGGAGAGGUCAGGUCCAGAAAUGGACACUGAAUGCCCUGCUCCACUGGCUGUGUCUCGGAUGAUUGGGCAUUCACCUUGAUCCCAAUGACAGAGUCCAGUGGUUUGGGAGCAGGGUGAGCCAGCCAGACAACUGGCCACCGGUAUUCAUCACCGCCGGACACUGGUCAAUCUCUGUCCGGAGAUUGCUUGAUAAGCGGGUGCCGGCCGUUCAAUCGGUCCAUUCUUCUCACGCUCAGUUCGUUGUUGGUAAGCACCUAGCACCUGGCCAACUAUGCAUUUUUUCGUAACUGUAAUGCUAAACCUCUCACCACAAAAAGGGGGCGGGGCAUAAAGGGGGCGAAUUAAAAUUUAUAAAAGCCUAGGCGUCGUCAUUGGGAUUUCAGUGCGCGUUUGUUUUGUCAGCGCUGCGGUUGCUUAAAAAAAUCAAAAAAAAAAGCAAGGAGCCUAGGAUCAGGUCAGGAUCUCAAUCUGGAGCAGAUGGAAACCUUUAAAAAAUCGCCAAAGAGCAGUUAAAAAUAUGCCCAAGGUGGAGGAGCAGCGGGUAAAAGGCACAAAGAGAGCGGAAUCGGAAUUAGCGGGGGAGAAAGGUGAUCGCCAGGAGGAACAGGGGGAGCAGGGUGAUCCCAGGGAGGAGUCGGAGGAGGCCAGCGGCAAGAUCAAGGGCCGUUCCCGUUUCUCUGCGGCUCUGCGAAGCCUCUCGAAGACCAAAACCAAGAAAGAAAGGGAGCUGGGCGAUAAAAGCACCGACAGGGAAACCAGAAGCGCGGAGGAGGAGGCGCACGAAACGCCUGGCGACCUAGAAGACGUGGCCAGUUCUAUAGGUUCCACAGACAGUGGAGCCCUGGGCCAAAAGACCAAAAAGAAGAGUCUUACUCGCCGCCUACUCCUAGGUGGUUUGCGGAAAACGAAGGUGCGACCCCACAGCCUGGCCACCAGCGACGACAUCAGUGUGGAGCAGCUGGAGGCCACCACACCACCACUGCCAUCCGGAUCGCCACCCGGAUCGCCCUCAUCCGCCAGCAGCAGCACGCUGCAGAUCACCAUUAGUGGCAAGAAGGUGGAGCCGGCGAGAAAGAGCGGCAGGCCAAAGAGCGACACGGAUUACCUGACACCCGCCGCGGAGAAGAAGCCGCGAAAGAAAACCACCACCACCACGGUGACCACGAGAGACACGAGCAGCAGCACACGCACCAGCACCACCAAGCUGCUGGUGGCCAAGAAGAAGCCCCAGAGCCCCGAGAGAGAGCCCCUUAUCACCAGCACCGAGAGCACACGCGAUACGCCGCCCCGAGAGCGGGCCCCAGCGAAGCCGAGUCGCGUUCAGGCUCAGGUUCAGUCUGCCACCGGCACCGGAGCUGUUCGCAAGUCCCAAUCCUCGAGCGCAGCCAGCAGGAAGCUGGAAUUGAUGCAGCAGCAGCAGCAGCGCGGCCACCGCCACAACGCCAGACCACUGGCCGAACCAGCCACUACGGAGUCCCAGCUAGAGUCCCUGGACCCAUCCGCCUCCGCCUCCGCUGCCACAUCCACAGUCCCUCCGGCGGCCGACGACACUGUGUCCUCGGCGGAAAGUGCCCAGAACCUAGCCCAUCCACCGCCCGUAGUCCGCUUUGCCGUGGGCAGUGCCGUGAGGAGUCCACUGAGUGCCUACGAAGCCGCCUUGGCCGCCGCCGCCAGCCAGCAGACCAACUCCAGCGAGGAGCUCAGCGACUCCAGUCUCCGGCGGAUCAACUUCGCCCAGCAGCAGCUCGUCCUCGGCGACCACGACAGCAUCGAGGGCAGGCGGGAAACGCUGCGCUAUCAGUCGGUGGCCAGUGAGUACUCCAAUCCGGACUACGCUUCGGAGGACGAGAGCGAGGAGCAGCAGGCAGGAGGCGAGGACACCCAGGAGGCAGACACUGACAAGCCGUCGAUGCCGGCCUUCGGUGACCUGACCAUGGAUCAGGAAAUGGAACCGGCCAUCAUGACGUCCACCAGUGAUAAGCGCGAGCAUCUGUACAAGAUUCUAGUCAUCGGUGAACUGGGCACCGGCAAGACGUCCUUCAUCAAGCGCUACGUGCACCAGUUCUUCAGCCAGAACUACAGGGCCACCAUCGGCGUGGACUUCGCCCUGAAGGUGCUCCAGUGGGACGCCAACACGAUAGUGCGCCUCCAGCUGUGGGACAUCGCCGGCCAGGAGAGGUUCGGCAACAUGACCCGGGUCUACUACAAGGAGGCGGUGGGGGCGUUUAUCGUCUUCGAUGUGACACGCAGCGGGACCUUCGACUGCGUCAGCAAGUGGAAGGAGGACCUGGACUCCAAGGUGCAGCUGCCAGACGGCAGUCCCAUACCGUGCAUCCUGCUGGCCAAUAAAUGCGACCAGGAAAAGCAGGGCAUCAUUACGCAGCCGGAGAAGAUGGAUGAGUACGUGAGGGAAAACGGAUUUGCCGGCUGGUUUGAGACUUCCGCCAAGGAGAACAUCAACAUCGACGAGGCAGCCCGUGCGCUCGUGAACAAGAUACUCAUCAACGAUAAGCUGAUAUCUGCCGAUCUGGCCGAUGGCGAGAAGUUCAACCUGAGCUCGGCCGAUGCAGCCGGUUCGGAUGCCAAGAACAAGUGUUCCUGCUGACCUGGGACCCGGGUCCGGCGAUCUGCUAUACAUUCCGAUUACCAUUCCCAGUCAAGAGCGAUUCUCUAAGACAGAAACGCAAUGUGCCUACGUCCACUCCAUGUUCAUGAUGUUAGAAGAUAGCGAUAACUAUGCUUAGGGUUUCAACAUAACAUUUGUCUAAGACUUAGCCUCAUCCGCAUCCCCAUCCCCAUCAUCCCGUUCAUCCCGUCCAUCCCAUGCAUCCAUCAGAUUGUCUUUAUCUUUAACACCCCAGUUCGUAAAUCCCGAUAAGACUUGUCUGCGGGUCUACCACAUUGAAGCAUCGGGAUCUGGGUCACUGCGUGAAUUUAUAUCGUGGCACCUAGCUUACCUACGCAUACGCCCCAUUAUUAUUAUCGCGAGGAUUAGCCGGAGGUAGUGCAGCAUCCGUAUCAUAGCAUUCUACAUUUGUGUAAAAUACGAAUCGUGUUCUUGUUUUUAUUUGUUUUAUUUGCCUCUGCUGGCGAGAUUGUUUUAUCUUGGAAUUAUUACUCUCACACAUGCAAACACACUCUGCCAUCUUUAUUUGCAUUUAGAUAACAAUACGUACGUUUUAUGCAAUACGAUACAAUGAGAAAUAAAGUUUUUAAUGGUAGUUAAGUAAA